AUGGCACUCUCGCAAAGAAGACUUCACACCGUGCCGAGGCAUUGCACAUCUUCGUCUUCAUUCAUCGAGUACAAGAUACAUACGGCAUGUCCUUUCGCAAAUGAUCAAGCGUCUGCUCGUGGCUGGUUAAGCCUCCUCGCCGAAGCUUCCUGUCAGCUGGCAUCCUUUGCACAGAGACCAUCACACAGCAACGAUCAUGAUCAUGAUCACAGUCUUGCGGUAGACUGCGAGCUUGAAGAAGAGCGAGCAGCUUAUGAGUCAGGCAUGAAGUUAGACACACCACUACCACCGUACUCACACGCAUGCACCAUUCUCAGAGCACUUCAUCGCCUCGCCUCGCCUCGUCCCUGGGAGGCAGAUGCACGGCAUGGUCGCUUCGUAAAAGGUUGGUACUGUAUGGACACAAUUGCAACGUGCUGGCAGUUCUGCUACUUGCACUUCGGCGCCAGACACGUGCCUUGCGCGCUGCUGGGCUGUGUGAUGCGAACGGCGAGUUGGACGCAGCAUUCCUUUGUGAAAUUGCUGGCAUUCCUUUGUUUACACUGGCUCGACCGCAUCCCCAAAACAUACACCCACUGCGGACCCUACGAGUCUUCUGAAUCAUUCACGCCGCUCGUCAUGGCAAAAACGCGAGAGCAGUCGCCCUCGAAGGGCAAAUCACCAAAAAGGACCAAGCCUACUGCCCCAGCCAGCGCAGAACCAAAACGUAGAACGUCUCCUCGUAAAGCAACACCUUCCGCGAAGAAGAAUUCCGCAACAGACACGAAGUCUCCGACCAGCUCGGGACCAAGGAAAGUGAACACACGUGGUACUGCCAGCCCAUCCAAGUCAAAAGUAACCAAGAGAACCACAACCCCCAAAAAGGUCACCAGCACCAAAAAGGCAGCCAGUCCCAAGAAACUUAUCAGCCCAGGCAAGAAGGGCAAAGGACGUAAGCGAGGCUCUCCAGACGAGGACGACUCCGGGUACGAUCCUGACCAGACGACUGACGAGAUCCUCGCGGAGUUCGAUGGCCGGACAAGAACCGCUAUCGACAAGCUACUCAUCACGCAAAUACGUCAAUUCGAGGAUGGCGGAUCGAUUGAUCAGAAUGUCGCGAUGAUGAUUGUUAACGUUGAGCAUGGGGAAGAGAAGCUCGAGUGCAACUACAAGCUUUAUUGGCGAUUUCGCAAGUGCUGCGAGGAAGAAUUCGGAGAUCGGUCGCCUUUCAAUAAUGCCAAACCUCGAGGCCCUACUAGAAGUCCUAAUAAACUUGCCAAUGCUCCAGACCUCUCGCCGAGCAAGAGGUCACCUUCUCGCGCAAGUCCAAAAUCUGCUGCGCCCGCGGCUGCUAGCUCUUCGCCACGCCGGAAGCAAACAUCGCAAACAGGUCGUCUUCAAAGGCGCAUAGCACAGCCGGAUGAAGAUUAUGACAGGGCUGAGAUCUUCAAAGAGAUUGAGCGUCAGGCUUUCCUUGAAGAGACGCGUGGCGAGCCUAUGGAGCCGUACCCCGAGUUUCUUUAUUUUCUCUCCAGGAGUGAGUACAACAAGGCUCAGAGACGUGGCAGAAUGGCAGCGAUGCAGCGUACUGAGACAGUCAUUAACACUCACGGAACCCAAGAGGAACAAGCUCCAAGUACAUAUGGUGAUUCCGGCAUUAUGAUGCACUCUCAAAGCAGCCCUGGCAGGAGAGCAAGACAAGCAAACAAGACAGCAAGCGUGGCAGGAUCGCGCGAUGAUAACUUUCCUCAACUCUCGCCCAGUCGCCUCACGCCUGCAAGAUCUUCCCCUGGUCGAUCGCCAUCCACUCCGAAAAGACAAAUGGCUACCACUCCUGCACGCUCUCCCACAAAGUCCACAUCUCCAGGAAAACGACGCCAAGGUACCGACGCACCACGUUCCCCAGCAAAACCAACUUACAAGCGCAAGUAUCUCGAAAACGGUCAGACAGUAUGGCCACAGAGCGAUAAAGGUCGCGGCGAUGUCGUCCCACCAAUCCAAAAAGACUGGGUCGAAGUCAACGACUUGAAAGAACCUCACAAGGGCCCACAAGACCGCGAAAACCCUUUCUUCCAAACCAUGCCAGCCGCAGAAAUCUGGCAUCGUAGAAUGCCACCUUACUUCCCUUUUGGUGAAACGCCAUAUAUGGAGAAAGUCAUGAGUGACCAGAUCAACGCAGACCUCGCGAGAAGUAAGUCCUUCCAAAACAAAAAUUCACAUCAUCUUCACAGCCUAGCCCAUAAACUAACAAACCCUUCUUCUUCUUCUUCCCCAGGCCACGAAGAAUCCACCGCAAAACCUACCCUUCCCGCACCCCAAUCCCCCGGAAUUCUCGAAUCCAUCACUUCCAUCCCAGGCAGACUGGCCGGUAGCAUUUCCAGCGCUUUCCGCAGUCCUGAACCUCCUGCCGUCUCUGCUGCAGCUGCACCAAAAUUCAAAGCUGCGGAGAGUUUCAACGAGAUCGUUCAACCGGAGAAAUGGCCCUGGCAUUUACCAGAAAUUUCUCGCGAAGAGGUUGAGAGGUGUGCGAUUGGGAGUAGUGUUGUUGAGAAGGCGAGGAAGAGGGCUGCGGUUAGUGAGGGAGGGAGGGAGGGAAUGGCAGGUGAGGGAUAA